AUGGCUUCUAAACAUUUAGCUGCCCUUGCAAUCCUCGCAAUUCUUCUUCCUGCUUUGGCCAUGGCAACUGAGUUUACUGUUGGAGAUGAUCAAGGUUGGACCAUUAAUUUCGACUAUGAAGCCUGGGCCAAGGACAAAGUCUUUCAUGUUGGCGAUAAACUAGUCUUCAAAUACACGGCGGGAAGGCACAAUGUCUUCAAAAUUAACGGUACUGCCUUCACGAACUGCACUAUACCACCAGCAAAUGAGGCUCUUACCACUGGAAAUGAUGUGAUUACACUGGCCACCCCUGGAAGGAAGUGGUAUAUUUGUGGUGUGAACGACCAUUGUGCCAACUAUGGACAGAAGCUUGCCAUCACUGUGCUGGAAGCGUGGGUGUCUCCUGCAUCAGCCCCCUCCACCCCCGCAGCACCAGCACCCAGUUCUGCUUCUGGGAUCUCGGUGUCUGGGUAUCAGCUGCUGAUGGCAGCCAUGGUUGCUGUUGCUUUCCUAGUUGUUUGA